ACAAGGUGAAAGGUCACGGCAAUGGCGGCGUUGCGAAUGUAAACAGUCUGGUCUGUUGGAGGACAGCUCACAAGUAUGAGGCUGUUGUCGCAGGUGGUGAAGUCUGCAGUGAGUCAGAAGGAGUGGAGCCGCAGACACUUCUGGGGUUGGCUCAAUGCUGUUUUCAACAAGGUGGACUACGAGAGGAUCAAAGCCGUCGGUCCGGACCGAGCCGCCGCCGAGUGGCUGCUGAGAUGCGGUGCCAAAGUGAGGUUCCAGGGUUUCGAGCGCUGGCAUCACGACUACAACGGACUGCCAACUGGGCCUCUGGGCCGAUACAAGAUCCAGGGAAUUGAUGCCACCGAAUCCUGCAUCAUGUACAGAGGGUUUGACCACCUGGAAGGUUUGAAACACUUGGAAGAAAUAAAGCUGAGUAAGUGCAUGUACAUAGAAGACACCUGUCUGGAGAGGCUGAGCUCAAUGGAGAACCUGCAGGAGAGCCUGUACAUGAUGGAGGUGGUGUCGUGUGGUAACGUGACCGAUAAGGGCGUCGUCGCUCUGCACCAACUCAGGAACCUGGAGUAUCUGUUUCUCAGCGAUCUUCCUGGAAUCAAAGACAAGCAGACGACAGUGGACAGACUGCAGACGGCGCUUCCACGUCUGGACAUUGCGCUGGAUCUGGACUGAAACAACCUCCGCGUUCUGGUUUUAAUGUAAUAUAGAUGUAAAGGUUGUCAGAGUCAAAGACCCAGUUUAGAAGGAAUGGACUUGCAGGGCUUUGAUGGUGUGGCAUGUGGAUCCUUCAGCUUUUGUUUGCCUGCAAGCGUGAUGCUGCACAACAUUCAUUAGCUCUUUUUUUUUUUAAUGAAAGAGUGCAGGGCAAAGCUGAUGUCUCAUUUCUGCUCUCCGGUCAUCAAUUAAACCUCGAAAAACUCAUCUCUGUGCAUCAAAA